UCUUCAAAUCCUUGAAUCAAUGUGUAAUUUCCAUAAAAAACAGGGGAGGGGGCAUGAAAUAUUGUAAGGAACUUACUCUGGAAACUCUUCAGCGAGGAGACGUCAUUGAAGAAGGGAGCUCCCCGAUUUACUCUUUGCAACAGCAGAUUCAUGGCGGCACAAGGGGCUUCGUCAUCUUCCUUCUCAGGAUCAUUCACUAAUUGCUACGAUGUGUUUCUCAAUUUCAGGGGUGAAGAUACUCGCAAUAAUUUCACUGGUUUCCUUCAUAGAGCUCUCAAAAGAGAAGGAAUCAAUGUGUUUAUCGAUGACGACGAACUCUGUAGUGGAGAAGAAAUCCGAUCCGCACUCCUCGAAGCAAUCCGAGGAUCCAGAAUCUCGAUUCCUGUCUUCUCUAAAGGCUAUGCGGAUAGCAAAUGGUGCCUACUUGAACUGACUGAGAUUGUUCGAUGCCACAGAUCCAACUGCGGUCAAAUAAUUCUGCCCAUAUUCUUGGAUGAUAUUGAGCCAACAGAUGUUCGCCAUCAAACUGGAAGUUUUGAAGGAUCGUUUCAGAAGCACGAGGAGAAAUUUGGUGUUCAAACCAUACAGAGUUGGAAGGAAGCGUUGAAUCUGGUAGGAGGUAUAAAGGGAUAUCAUCUCAAGCAAGUCAACUGGAAUCAAUCAAAGCUAAUCGACUUAGUUGUUGAUAGGGUUCUUAGUGAAUCAAGUAGCAAUCGCAUGGGUGAUGUUAAAAAUCCUAUUGGAUUGGAUUCCCGUGUAAAAUAUCUAUUAAGUAUGGUAAAUGUUGGUUCCAGUGAGAUUCAAUUUGUGGGAAUUUGUGGUAUAGGUGGCAUCGGGAAGACAACUAUUGCAAAAUCCCUCUACAAUCGCAUUUUAAAUAGCUUUCAUAGUUGUUGCUUUCUUGCAAAUAUCAAAGAAGAAGCAUCAGGACCAAAUGGUCUAGUUUCUCUACAAGAACAACUUAUUUGUAAUGUCUCCAAAAGGAGAGUUGAUCGCAAAAUAUGGAAUGUUGAUGGUGGAAAAGAAUUGAUAAAACAAAAUCUACAAGGAGAAAAUGUUCUUCUUAUUCUUGAUGAUGUGGAUGAUCGUUCCCAACUCGAGGCUUUUGCUAUUGAAUUCAAUUGGUUUGGCUCAGGAAGCAGGAUCAUCAUAACAAGUAGAGAUGAACAUAUUCUAAAUGUGGCUAAAGUUGAUAGAGGUAAUAUAUAUUGGCCUGAAGAAUUGAAUGAUGAACAAUCUCUUCAACUCUUUAGUUUGCAUGCAUUUUCAAGGGACCAACCUCCUGAAGAUUAUAAACAGCUUUCUAAGGAUGUGCUACACUUGGCAGGACGAUUGCCAUUAACUCUAGAAGUGUUGGGUUCUGCUUUUUGUGAUAUAAGAGAAAAAGAAGAAUGGAAAAGUAAGUUAGAAGAUUUGAAAAGAAUUCCUCAUGAGGAGAUUCUCCAAAAACUAAAGAUAAGCUAUGAUAUUCUAAAAGACAAUGAGAAAUCUAUAUUUCUUGAUGCUGCAUGCUUUUUUGUUGGAUGGAGGAAAGAAACUGUAAUUUCGGUAUGGGAUGCUUGUGGUUUUAACCCUGUAUCAGCAAUAAAAAAACUCACUCAAAGGUCCCUCAUAAAGUUUACCAAUGCAGGAUUUUAUAUUAAUAAUAGGAGCUAUUCUUAUGAGGUGUUAAGGAUGCAUGAUCAAAUUCAAGCCAUGGGAAGGGGCAUUGUCUUUGAAGAAAGCCCUAGUGAGCCUAGUAAGCGCAGUAGGUUAUGGUAUUCUGAUGAAAUCUUGGCAGUAUUAGAAGAACAGAAGGUAAAACUUUUUCCUUAGCCCUUUUUUAUUUCAAUGUCAGCAUGUAAUCAUACCUUAUUGAGA